AUGACUCAUGCCAUUGACGCACGGAGCGUCGUUGCGCUCGUGGUCUUCUUCGUCGUCAACGCACUGGUCAUCUUCCCCGUGCAUAUACCGUUACCGCACGCGCUUGGGCGGGCGGUGCAGUCUGUCAAGGAGGCGAUCUUGGGCCCUGCAGACGAUGAGGCGGCUGAGCCGGACGAGGAUGACGACGAGAGCGAUAUGGAAGAGGAGGAAGAGGAAGAGGCGCAGACUGUCGUGGAGCAGGGUCCCCCAGUGACACCGUCGCCCGCGACGGAACCCAGUUCGGCCGCGAGCACAGUUACCCACCUCCCUCGCUCGCCACCCGCUGUCAAGGACGACACCGACGAGGCGACUCGGACGACACACCGUCCACAGUCGCCACAGCCACGGGCCCAGAGAACCCACUUCACACUCGGCCUAGCCACUGCCCCCGUCAUUGGCGUCCUCGUCCCCCUCGCCUCGACGGCCAUACCGGGGAGCGUGGUACGGGGAGGCAUUGUGGGGAUUGCAGGCGUGCGCCCGUAUGACAUCAUGACGCUGUUUCUCAGCUUUGCAUACAUCUCGCUCUCACUGGACCGUACCGGCCUCCUCCGCUACCUGGCCUUCACCGUGGCGAUGCGCGCGUCGACGAGCGGGCGUAAACUCUUUUCAUCGCUGUACGCCCUCUUCCUCCUCCUGUCCUUGGUGGUGGGCAACGACCCGGUGGUGCUCUCGGGAACACCCUUUGUCGCGUACUUUACGUCCCACGCGCGCGUCCUCUCCACGCCCUUUGUGUUCAUGCAGUUCCAAGCGGCCAACCUCGCAUCAGCGCUGCUCGUGUCGUCCAACCCGACAAACCUCGUCCUGACGGCAAGUUUUGGACUGAGCUUUCUGAGCUUUUCAGCGUGGACGGCACUCCCCACCGUGGCCGCUGGCGCCGUGCUGUACCCCUCGCUGCUGUUCAUCUUCCGUCACAAGAUCCCCAAGACUAUCAGGUCGCCGCACGUCGUUCCGCGCAGUGCACUGUUGGAUCCGUUCGGCGCCGUGUGGACCACGACCAUCUUCAUUGCCACUAUCGCCCUUCUGGUGGGGCUGAGCGCUGGCGGCAAGCUCGAGGGCGUCGAGGGCGUGUGGACCGUCACUGCCCCCGCGGCGAUGCUGGUGUUGGUGCGGGAUGUGGUGUAUGAUCUGGCAAGGACAAGGCCAGAGGCAACUAUGGAGAUGGCGCAACGCCAGCCAUCACAAGAUGGCGAUGUCGAGCAGCAAGGCCGCUCGAGCACGGCACAGGCAGAGGUCACCCGGCUCCACGCCCACCCGCUCGUCCGCCUGCGACGCCGCCUCCCGACGGUAUCUGCCAUCGUCGCCCGGCUGCCACUCCCGCUCCUCCCCUUCGCCUUCAGCAUGUUCAUCCUCGUCAACGCGCUCGAGUAUACCGGCUGGGUGGCCGUCUGGGCACAUUGGUGGGCGGCGUGGGCGCGCGUCGGGGGAGUGGCGGGAUGUGUGUGGCUCAUGGGGGUGGUGAGCGUUGUUGGAUGCAAUGUCUUUGGCACAAACAUCGGCGUCACCGUCCUCCUCUCCCGCGUCCUCGCCGUGUGGAACGAGGAAGCCCGGCCCUCAAAACGCGCGCUCUACGGGAGCGUCCUCUCCCUGGCCAUUGGAAGCAACUUUGGCGCCUACUCGUUCACGUUCUCGGCAUCCCUCGCUGGACUGCUCUGGCGCGACAUUCUCGCACACAAGGGUCUGGCGGUGCGCGCCAGAGAGUUUGUGCGCUGGAACGUGGCGCCGUUGGGUGUCACCAUGGCUGUGGCGUGUCUGGUAGUCGCGGGCGAGGUGUGCGUCAUGUUCAAGGGUGGCGAGAGUACCAUGUCCCAGCAAGCAUCCCUCUCUCUGCGCGUUCUGCACGUUCCAAACGUGCCUGUUAAACAAAAGUUAUUAGCCGCGGAAAUAGAGCGUCGUUCGACGUCAUCACACCCGAUACCCGAUCCGAGUCGACCUGCUUAG